CGCAGUGUGUCUGAUCGGUGUCGGAAAAGCGCAUCCCGAAUGAGUCCCAGACCCCUGCAGUUGUCGACGGAAACGUGAAGAGGGGAGACCUGGGAUUUCAAAAUGGCAGAGCGAGUUAAUAACUUUCCUCCCCUGCCUCAAUUUCUGAGAAUAAAGCCAUGCUUUUACCAGAACAUUGAAGAAGAAAUCCCCACACCCCACCAGCAGUUGGUGCGCAGAGUCUACACACUGUGGAUGAUGUAUUCAGGCACUCUGUGCCUAAAUGUGAUCGGAUGUAUUGCGUGGUGGGCUGGCGGUGGAGGUGCCACAAACUUUGGAUUCUCCCUGCUCUGGCUCAUCCUCUUCAGUCCCUGUAGUUAUACCUGCUGGUUCAGACCACUUUACAAAGCUUUCAGGGCCGAUAGCUCGUUCAACUUCAUGGCCUUCUUCUUCAUCUUCUUCCUUCAGUGUGUCUUGGCCCUCAUCCAGACUAUAGGCAUCUCUGGCUGGGGAACAUGCGGCUGGAUUGCGACAGUGAUGUUUUUCAGCCAAAAUGUGGGCUCCGCUAUAGUGAUGCUUAUCACAGCUCUGCUCUUCACUCUGGUGACUGCUUUAAUGGCACUGGUGCUCAUUAAGGUGCACAGACUGUAUCGCGGCGGUGGCGGGAGUUUGGAGCGCGCUCAGGAAGAGUGGAGCACCGGGAUGUGGAAGAGUGCACCAGUGAGGGAAGCAGGGUUCAAUGCUGUUGCUCAGACAGCCCAAGGCCCGAGCUUGCCCCAGUACCCUGCUGCAGUGCCAAGCUAUCCCGACAACAGUCACUGGUGAUAGCAAGGCACCGCCUCUAGAUGGAGACAGAUAGCUGGCCAUUUCUGUGGUGCACAACAAAUCACUUGAAAGUGCCAUAUCAUUUCAGCCUUACAUGACAAAAUGCAUAGGCAUAUUUUUUUUUUUUGAAUGAGAGGACAGGAUCACUAUAAAAUGUUUUAUCAAAGAGUUUUGUCAGCAAAGCUCUUUAAAAGCCCUUCACUUCUACUAGAGGGAUAGCUUCAAAAUAUACCAUUCCAUUUCAUUUGUGUUUACAUACAGUUUAUUGAAAUGAAUGAAAGAUUUACAGUUUUAUGCUCAGAAGAAAUUUUGCUUAGGAAGAUGAACUGUCUCGCAAAUAUGCAAUUGGAAACCGCAAAAGAGUGUGAACAGUUUGAUGAUAGCAGUAUGUGAAGGACGUGUGCCUUAUGGACAUUUAUGAUAGGAUUGUUUUAUGUGUUAUACUAGAACUGCAUGCUAGAAGUUGAAGUAUGCUGAAGAAUUUUUCUUUUCUUUUGCAACAACAGAAUCUGCAAACAGCAACAGAAUCUGCAAACAGCACGCUUUUUAUCUGGUGGAAUUCUUUUCUGUGUACUUUGUGUAUUCUGGCAGGACUUAAGUUUAUUUUUGAUUUGUUUUGCUCACUAACUCCACGCCUGCCUGCUUUGGAUGGGAUUUCAUGAGAUGCGCCUUACUAUUGCGUGCAGAUUUUGCAUGUGAAAAAAUAGCUUGACUGUCGCCUUAACAAAUGCUGCUUUUUUUUUUCUUUUUUUUUUUUGUUAAACUGGAUUUAUGCUUCAGUGAAGCAAUGUUUGGAAACAAUUCAAAAGUUGUUGGUGGCUAAUCCUCUUGUGAUUUCUCACUGAGUACUGAUGUGCCAAAACACUUGUCUCUUUCCCUUAUUUUGAUAACAAAAAAAAUCACACCCAAGCUUGAUAUGUGUUUGUACUCCACCUUAGCAAGUCUCAGUUUCUAUAUUUCCAAAACUGCACUGUUUGCUUUUAGUGGUCAGUGACCUGCCGUGAAAGCACCUUAUCAGCUGUUGUUACUGUUCCGGACGCUUUCGAUUUCUCCCAGACAGACUGAAUUUUUGUGUUUGGUGGCUGCAGUGUAUUUGCAUGCAGCUUAUUAUGGGUGUGGGGUUAAAUAGGAUUUUUUUUUUAUUAUUUCAAAUAUUCUGACCUCAUGUAACCAACAUAAACAGACACACACAUCUCUCAAAAAAACAUCUGUAGAUGGAUCUGCAGUAAGGUGAAAUCUUGCAUGCAAAUGUACUCACAGUCUGUUUAAGUGUAGUCUGAUACUGGAUAUUGACUAAUUUUCUGUCAUUCCAACAAAUUUCAGAGUGAAUGAUCUGAUUAAAACCAAUGAAUGUGGCUUUUUUAUGCAGGUAAUAUAGCAGCUCACUUUUGUUUUGCCUCAAUCCAAUCAAAGCCUGUAUGAAGCACCAACUGGAAGAAAAAGGUGCCUGGCUCAUAGUUUGACAAUUUAUUUUUCUUUUCUUGUUACAAAAGUGUCCUUCAUGGCCAACUGCCAAAUUCAGUAUUUUGAUUUUUUUUUCUUUCUGUUAUUUGAUAAGUGACAAAAUAUAACAGAUAUGUUAAAAUGACCUUUAAAUAUUGCAACAACAAUAAAUAUUCUUACUCUCA